AUGCUUCGAAUUGUUGCAAAAUCUGGUAUUACAUCCAACUUUUUAAAAUUUCUUAUUCGUCUACCCGAUGAUAUACUUAAUGAGGCACUACAGGGCGAAUUAAGAGAAAAAUUUAAGCAUUGUCUUGACAACAAAAACAACUGCCACAUGCAGGAGGAACUAUAUUUAUCAUUAUUAUGUCGCAAAGAUCAACACUUGCUGUUCGACAUUAUGGAAUAUUUAAAAGAAACACAAUGGCAAUAUUUUCAAAAACCUUUGGGUAGUAAAGAAUUUAUACUCUAUCAUGCAUUGAAAACAAAAAUUCAUUUUAUCUAUCCAAUGAUCAAGGAGCUGAACGUGUUUAAUGAUAUUACAGAUGGAACAUUAAGAAAUAAUUUAAUUAUUUUAAAACUGGUACAUGAAUUUUCCACAAAUGUUUCACGCAGUCUAAAUCAAUUGCCUCAUUUGGAUGCCAUAUUAGAGUCGAUGGAUAUGGAAAAUGUGUCUGAAGAAUUAUUACCCGUUUAUACACUCUUCUAUAAAGAUUUUAAACGUUUAUCGAUAUUAUUGCACUAUGUGAGCACAUUUCCAGAAUCAAUUACAGCCAACAUAAACGUUGAAGAGAUAUUGGAUUCCACAAACAUUUUGGCCAUAAUGAAUAAACACAAAUUACUAAACUCGUACGAGGAAGCUAAGGACUUCUUGGAAUCGUAUUAUACAUGGCAACAAAAUUUAGCAUUGUUAUCCCUAAAAGAAAACGAGACAGAUACAUUAUGCUGUUAUUAUAUUUUAUCAACUGUCUGUGAUAUCAUUACCACAACCACCAUAGAAAUGGAUGAAUACUAUUCAUCCAAACUACGAAUCCUCAAUUCUCUUUUACGCCAACUCAAAAACUUUGAAUUGCUUUGUCAAGUCAUGGAGGAUAUACUAAAAUGCAUCUAUCUCAGAUGGGAACAUUUUCGCAGGGAUGACAAACAAAGUAGGUUUCAUAAAAAGUCAUCCGGUUCCUCAUACACUGAUGAUGACAUUAUCCAAGAUUCAUCCACGAAAUCUUCUAAAGGAAAUGAUGCCAAGGCGAAUUUGAAAAGUAUGAAAACUGGUUUUAUAUGUCGCUCUAAAUCAUUUACAAGUCUAUGCAAUUUCUUGAAGUUAUAUAUUACCAAAAAACUUCAUUCGGCCGAAUACAAACUGUCUGCACUGGAAAUCAAAUGUCGUUUUUCAAAUGUACUGGACACAAUAACGGAUUUACUGUGGAAAUAUGAAUUUUUCGAAAAAAUGGAACGGUCACAAGAUCAAAGUUUGGCCAAUGACACCUACGUACAGUUUGAGGGAGAUAAUUUGAUGCGACUUGUACAUUUUCAUGUGGACAAUAUGAAUCGGAUAUCGAGUGAUGAUGAAGAUAUUAAUUUGAUCAAUGAAUAUACAUUGUCACGUCGUAAAUCGAUCAAAAAGAGACGUCGUGCAACAUUUAGUGGUAACACGGUAGUUCCAUCGGCGAAAGGAUCUGGCGAAGAUAAGACAUUACUACAACAUCGUUUACGUGCCAGUAUUUUAUCGAAUUCUGUGAAAAUAUUGCCGACAUUGGAUGUAGCUGAGGAAAAGAGUGUAGUGCCAAAGCUGUUAAGUUCCUCCGAACGAUUGGCAAUUUUGGCAUUGUCAUUUCGUCAAUUCCACGAAGCGAAACAAAUUAUUGAGAAUUUCAAUUUACACGAUACUCAAUUAAAUGCCGAAUUACAACAUAUGGAACAACAAAUUCAAGUUAAACAAAAACUAACAGCAAUUUACGAUAACUAUCAGCAGCAGGAGAAGGAAACACGCAAUACCAUUGAGCCGAUGCCAACUGUAGAGCUUAUACGCAAUGUUGCUGCAAAGGGUUUUGAAAUAUCUAAAAUUAUCAGUAUUAUUGAUAAUUUUGCACAAAUGCAACGUAUCAAACAGUCUGAAACGAUUAAGGACCUAAUAAAGAAACACAAACAAAAUCCGCAAUAUCGAUUUCUUUCACAAUUCGAGGAGGGCAAUUUAAAUGCUGUCAUUAUUUGUGAUUUGAUAUUGAGUAUGCCAUUUAAUCGUGAUAUAACUACUAGCAUUCUAAUGGUUAUUAAACGCCAUCAAGCCAUACAGUCACAUUUUAAUGAAAUCGAAACAAUGGUCGAAAAACUACAAUUACCCUCCAAUAUUGGUCCAUUGCAUUUUCUGGAGAACAUUGCCGAUUGUAUGCGAGUGCAAAGUGAUAAAACCAUAAAGGAUCUUUUGUGUGACAACAUAUAUUCCCUAAAACCUCAAAAACUGUCUAGGGAAAUGGCAAAGGAGCAAAUAUUCCAUGAAGUGUUCCACAAGAGGUCCAAGGAUCUAGGUCGUUGCGAAGACUUAAAAUCGCUAAUGCCUCAAUUUGCUGCCUUAAAAUCGAAAUAUAAUUAUUAUCAACGUUUCUGUAAUUAUGUGCAGCAUCUUACAACGUUGGUACAUCUACGUGAUUCCAAUUGUGAAUAUCACAUUGAGCAAUUGUUAAAAAUAGAUGUCUGUGAUGUGAUAGGUGAAUUGAUAUUUAUGCGAAAUAUGACACCACUGGAGAUUGAAGCCAAUGUAACGGCAUUAAAUUUGAAUUUAGUUCAUGUUAUUGCAUUGAAUAUAUGUCCGGAAAUAUUGGGUAAAAGUUCGGCCCAGAAACGUUCUAUACCACCACAAAAGGAAUCGACUAUACUCAAUUAUAUUGCCAAUUGUAAUCGUUUAUUGGUUUUCCUGUUACAAGGUAUCAUCAGUAAUGGAGAACAUUUUGGCAACGAAUCGGUUGCAGGGGUCAAUGAAAUACAUUCGGGAUUUUUAGGAAGGCUAAUAAAUAUGCCGGAAAUAGCUAAGCUGUCAUCAUUGUAUGGUGGGAAUAAAGUAAUCUCGGCACUUCGAAGUGAUCAUGUUAGUAUCAAAUUAUUGGAUGAAAUUAAAUCGAAGAGAAAACAAUUGGAGUUGUUGCAAUUAGAAAUGGGUAUACAAGAAUCUCGACCAUUAAAAUUGAAACGCAUGGACUGCCUUAUUGUAGACCUAAUACGCGAGGAUCCUAAAAACAUUUAUUUGUCUUCCAAAAUCCAUGACAUAGCCAUACGUGCCAAACUUAUCUAUGAGAAUUUUACUAAAAUCGCCACAAUACGUUUAGCCAAAGAAAUAAUUGAGACUACACUACACCAUCGAUAUGCCGCCAAGAGAAUACCACAAGAACUACGAGAACAACUCGAAGUAACUUUAGCCGAUAUAACAGUAUAUGCUCAGGUCUCCGAUGUGUUACUAUUUGAAUCCUGGCCUCAGGCAUAUGAUUUUGGUUUGAGAACUCCUACGACGAUUUUUGAACGCUUGUUACAAUUGCGUUUAUAUAAACUUUGCUACAAAUGGUGUAAAGUGGUUAAACUAGACCAAUUUGUGCCGCAGCGUAAACAAUUUCUAAACAUUCUGCUUGAUGCCCUAUUGAAUUUGGUCGACGAAGAUCAAAUGGAUAAUUUCGAAUUAAACGAUUAUGAAUACUUACUACAAAUAUUGGAAACAUUCUUUCCACCAGAUGAUUGCAAAAGUUUUCUUAACUUAAACAAGGACAAAUUGCGCUGUAUGGUUUUGUUAAAAUUUGCUAUUGAAUAUUUGGAACGAUCAGCUCCAGUGGAGGAGAAAAGUUAUUUUCAAAAUUAUAAAAUUUCAAUAAUGAUAUUUGAACAACUACCACCAUGCCUACGUAAACUUUGUUGGAGCCUCCUAAAGUAUCCACUGUUAAUUGUCGAACAAUUGAUUAUGAAUGCUAAAUUUGAGAUACUAACAAAGGUUUUAACCUCCGUCCGGCAGGAGUUAACGAGAAAAGAUAGUGAAUACAAGAAGUUGUGUUCAUUUUGUUACGACAAGAAUGGUAAUGUUUAUAAUAUGCAAGUUAAUGCUCCGAACACUCCACACAAAGUUCGCUUCCAGUUGGGCUCCCACGAGUCGUCAAAUGUAUCCGCCUUUAUUUUACUCAAUUUUAAUCUCUAUCAAAAGGAUCAUUUCAUAACAAAUGAUUGUAUUGAUUUGCUGUUGCGGAUAUACGCUACAAAAGCCUUGGACUAUCAAAUCUCGGAUACAAAUUCAACAUCGGAACCCUGUUCACAGAGUACAUGUGAUAUGCAACAAUCUUUGGAUUCGUUAUGCGGUGCCUUUCAAAUGCCGUCUCAGGCCCCGACUCGUGGCGAAUGGAUACGCGACGAGGAUGCUACACAUUGUAUGUGUUGUCGACGUUCCGCAUUUUCUAUGUUAAUUCGUAGACAUCAUUGUCGCCGUUGUGGUCGUGUUGUAUGUUACUCGUGUUCCACUCAUCGUAUGCGUAUUCCCGAACUCUACGAAGAUGUUGAGGUUCGAAUUUGUAAUGAUUGCCAACGUUUGUGUGAGGACAUCAGUCAACGUAAGGCAAAUCGUGAUAGUCAAAUUGAAGAUUCACAAAAUGUUGCAGAACAGCGUGUGCGCCGCAAACCAGAUGAGCGCUUCAAAUGGAAGCUAAGUGGUAAUAUCACACAUGACAAGGUAUUGCGGGAGGAAUUUUGUUAUGAACAUGCUCCCAGUGUGGCGUUAUGUCUAUCGAUAUUGGAAUAUCAUUUGGAUAAGCAGAAGUGUGUAGAUUUGCUAUUAUUCCAUUGCCGAAAAUUGGAAAAGUUAAUGAUACCUAAUCCGGAAGUUGAUUAUGAAUUGGUGGCAAAAAUGAUGAAUUGCUUGGCUUUGGCUGCAAAGGUUCGUGGAGCAUCUGCUGAAUUCGAAACGAUUCGUGAACAUUCCGAAAUAAUAAUAUCAGUGGUGCAGAAUGGUUGUGAGUCUCUAAUACCACCCGAUCCACUUAAUAAUCAUGGUUUACGCAAACUUGCCGACUCAUUGGUGCAGGCUGAACGAUGGGAUUUGGCUUUGGAGGUGCAUUUAAAAUGUGGUCUAUCUACGGCUGGAGUUAUGGCAGCACAUGGCCUUUCAUGUAUACGUGCUGGGUGUUUUGAUACUGCCCGUGAGAAAUUUUAUCAUUGUAUGCCCAAACUAACCAAUGAAACAAUAAAUGUGGCAAUAACAAAGGUUAUUUUCAACCCCAACAUAAAUGCAAGUGCGGAUAGUGUGGAAAGUAUACUGGCACUAGCUAAAGAUAAUGACAUAUCUGUUAUAAAACGUCCACACAAUGGUCCCCCCUUGCUGCAGGAAAUUUUAAAACUUAUUGAAUCUCUGCCCUUUAAUAAACCCCAACCAGAGACUUUGCAACGGGCUUCAAUUAUACGCAGCUCAAAUACAUCAUUAGCAUCGUUAUUGUCACGCAAAAAAGAACCCUACGUUAAGCGUAUGAACGAGCCAGCAUUAAAUGUUCUCAAUACCUUAGCCAAUUUGAAACGUAUAAGCAAAGGCCAAUACGCAGCAGGUGGAAUUAAUGGAAGUGGUAGUAGCAGCACUCUAGCUUCAGGUUCACCUGCUAUGCUGCGCAAAGAAUUAUUCCGCAAAACACGUGGUUUCGAAGAAUGUCUGUAUUAUUUAUUAACUUAUGGAUCUCACACUGAUAUUAUACAAUUUUUGAUGAAUAACAAUGAUUUGAUGGCUACUUUGAAAUAUUAUCUUCUCCAAAAACUUGAUGCUGACAUUUUUAUUCAACACAUUUUUAUGGAUUUGCUAAGAAAGGGUAAAAUUGUCAAUCUCAUAAAAAUGCUAACAGAUUUUGAUAGUCGUUUGGUAAUAUGGCAACCGACGCUGUUGCAAACUUGUCGUUAUUUGGAAACACAAAAUCUUUUGAAUUCCCUAUAUGAACUACAAAUAUUACUCAAAGAUCCCAUUCGGGCAUCGAUGACCUGCGUGAAAUUCUAUACCAUGGAUUGUGAAAAUUUCCAACAACAACUUUUGAAUGCUCAACAUUUACACAAUGCACGAAUGCAUUUGCAAUCGGAAUUGGAUAAUGCCCAAUGGGAGAAAAUAAAUUUAUUACCAAUGGGAAAAUCGACUAGAAGUGGUAGUCGUCGAUCAAGUGUAUCAAGCACAACGGGCUCGCUGGGAGGUGGGGGAAAUUUCUUUUUGCAAAUGGAUGCCAGAUCAUUGAAUGCUCACAUAAAUACAAUACAAAAUCAAUUAGAAGUUGCCAAAUUUUUGGCCAAAUGUGAGGUGGAAAAUUGUUCAGCAGAUAUGUUGAUAACCGAGAAGUUUUUAAAACAGCUGCGUAUUGAAACAUCAAAAUCGUUACCCACCUUGUUCGAUAGAAAUCCAGAAAAAAUACAAAUUUGCAUUUUAAUUUUGUUAUGUGGUAAAAACAUAGAAGAAGGGUUUGGAUUAACAUACCGAAUUAUUCAACACUAUAAAUUACCGGCCUUAAAAGUGUAUGCGGCCAGCGCCAAAUAUUUGGCACUUAAUCAACGUCUUCCAGAAAUUGAAAAGCUCAUCAACUGUAUUACCAGCAACACGGGAACUAAUAAUCAAGAUAUUGAUGAAAUCCUAAUGGUGGCCAUUAAUUCGGCUGUUAAUAAUCAUGAAACCGAAACCAAGACCAUUUUAGAUAGUUUAACGAAGAAGAUACACAAUGUGGAAAUGCGUAUUUCGGCACACAUAUAUAUUGGUCAAUUGAAAUCGGCCUAUUUGUUGGCUAACAAAUACGAACGUAUUGGAGAUAUUCGCAAAAUACUAAGACAAGCAGAGGCCACCAAUCAAGUGCAUAUAAAAAAGUUGUGCGAAAAGAAACUGCAAAUGACUUUGUCGGGUACAAGUCAAACGAAAUAAUAUGUG